UAUUUAACAAUUUCCUGUGUUCAAAUCUCAUAAUAUUUUAAAAUGGGUAAAUGGAAAAGAGAUCCAAAAGUUCCAUAUCCAUCUGUAUGGCGAGAAUAUCAAGUAAAAUCCAAAACUAGUGAUGAAAUUUAUAAUUUUCAAAUUCAAGAUGCCACCAUUGAUAUUCUACCAGACAUGAUAGAUCAUAUGCUCAAGUAUUAUUGGGCUGAUGAACCGGUUGCAGAAUGUUUUGAUGUUAUAAAUGAUGCUGAAAGCAAGCCAUAUCUAGAAGGAUUCUAUUCUGAAAUAGUUAAUGCGAAAACUCCUUUGGUUUGUUUUAAAAUUGAAAACGAUGGAUCGAAACAAUUGGUUGGAUGUAAUAUGACCCUUGCCAUGGAACCAGAAGAUUCGUAUUCAGAUAUUCCAACGUCACCAUUACUUAAAGACUACAUCAGUGUAUUUUUGGAAGCUGAUAAAAAAAUUAAUGAAUUUGAAAAAUUUGGCGUAUCAGUAUGUUUAAAAGCAGUUGGUUUGGCUAUUAACAGAAAAUAUCGUGGUUUAGGUCUUGCAACAGAAAUCUUAAAAGCAAGGACUGAAUUUUGUAAAGCGUUAAAAAUUCCUUUAACCACUACACAAUUUACAAGCGGAGGAAGUCAAGCUGCAGCUCGUAAAGCAGGUUUUAUAUUUUUAGAAGAAACAAAAUAUGCAGAUAUUCAUAAAGUAUUGCCACAUUUACCUUUGGCAAAUAUAAAACAUCCUGUUACACAACUUUGGUAUAAAACUAUUGAUUUAAAUUAAAAUAUGAUUAUAUAAACAAUGUUAGACAAUUGCUAUUACAUUCCAAAAUUAAAUCUAUUUCUAAAUA